GUCGCGGCUCUCGCCGCACUCGACGCGGGCGGCGUCGCGGCGUCGCGGCCCUGCGACAUCUACGGCCGCGCCGGCACGCCCUGCGUGGCCGCCCACUCGACGGUGCGCUCCCUCUACGCGUCGUACCGCGGUCCGCUCUACGAGCUGAUGCGGGCGAACGGCGCGACCGCCAACGUCUCCGUGACCGCCGCGGGCUACGCGGACGCCGCGGCGCAGGACGCCUUCUGCGCCGGCGCGAGCACCUGCGUCGUGCGGCGCAUCUACGACCAGAGCCCCAUGGCGAACCACCUGGCCCCGGCGCCCGCGAGCGCGGCGAGCUACGGCAGGGACCACCCGUGCCCGCGCCAGCUGCCGGCCACCCCCGUGGACGCGCGCAAGCACCCCAUCGUCAUGGGCGGCGCGCACCGCGCGUACGGCGCCUGGUUCGAGGAGUGCGACGGGUACCGCAACGACGCGACCCGGGGCGUCGCGACGGGCGACGACGAGGAGACGAUCUACAUGGUCACCUCGGGCACGCGCUUCAACGACGGCUGCUGCUUCGACUACGGCAACGCGGAGACCGACGACUUGGACGACGGCGACGGCACCAUGGAGGCGGUCUACUUUGGGAACGCCUCGUGGCAGGGCAACGCGGGCUCGGGGGAGGGCCCGUGGGUCGGCAUCGACCUCGAAAACGGCAUGUACUACGGCGGCAACGUCUCGACGGCCUCCAACGAGCCGCUGGCCCACGAGUUCGUCACCGCGCUGGUCAAGGGCCGGCGCGGCUCGAUGGCGAUCCUCGGCGGCGACGCCACCGCCGGUCGCCUCCGGUCCAUGUACGACGGCCCGCGGCCGCCGCCCGCGUCGGCCGGGCCAAAGCCGCACGACGGCUACCGGCCCAUGCGGAAGGAGGGCGCGAUCGUGCUCGGCGUCGGCGGAGACAACGCCAGGGACGCCGUCGGCAUCUUCUACGAGGGCGUCAUGACCAAGGGCGCCUCGACCGCCGCCGCCGACGAGGAGGUGCAGGCCAACGUCGUCGCGGCGGGAUACGGCUCCGGA